GUUUUUAAAGCCCCGCACUCUCCCCCUUCUUUCCCUCUUCCUCUCCAAAAUUUGCUCUCUUUUCCCUCUCUUCCCCUUCACCGCCAUCGCCGCCGUCGUCGAGUUCAUCUCACUCAGCCGCCUUCUAAUUCCUCUUUCUCUGUUUCGGAAGGCGAUAUAAUAGACCGGAGAUUCGCUCUCUUUCUAGUUUCAAUUUUAUCCAUGGCGUUGCCGAUCGGUGGCGCGGAUCCCGAAUCGAUUAGCACAGGCGGUGGCGCUUCUUCCGAGGAAUUACAACAGCAGCAGAGGAGAAAGCGGAGAAAAAUUGCGCACGAUUCCGAUUGCGCCUCCACCAGCGGCGGAGUCGGAGAGGAGAAGCCGAGGAGAUGGAGGACGGAGGCGGAGCACCGGAUCUAUUCCACCAAGCUGCUCGAAGCUCUGCGGAGCUCUCGGCGGAGCUCCUCCUCCUCCGCCGCCGCCAACGGUACGCUGGUGAGGGACGCGGCGGAUAGAGUGCUGGCCGCCGCAGCGCGCGGCUCGACGCGGUGGAGCCGCGCGAUUCUCGCGAGCCGACGGAGGCUGACCAGAGUCAGGAAGGUGAGGAGGGCGCGAGUGAUCGGCGAGGCGAGGUCGACGGAUAGGCGGAAGCAGAAAUUGUUUGCGGCGGCGGAGGAAGAGGAGAAGAAUAAAUCCUCGUCGUCGUCGCAUCCUCCGCCGGCUGUGGAGAAGCGAAUCCGGACGUUGAGCCGGCUGGUUCCUGGCUGCCGGAAAGCGCCGCUGCCGAAUCUGUUGGAGGAAGUCGGGGAUUACAUCGCGGCGCUGGAGAUGCAGGUGAAAGCCAUGGCGGCCCUCGCCGAGAUUCUCGCCCCGGGCGGCGGCGGGGCUGCUCGGGGUCCGGAGGUUAGCGCCCAAUGAUAAUCAAUUCCCUUCCGAAAAUCCGCCGCCGGCGCGUGGAAUUAGUAAUGGCAGGUGUUAUUAUUAUUAUUAUUUUAGAAAAAACAGUUUUUCCAUUUUGUUUAUUUUUUUAAUUUUCCGGGUGCUUGUAUUCUGAUUUAAGUAUCAUGCUAUUUAUUUAGCUUUGCCAUUUUCUCCCCUCAUUUCUUGAUUAUUGAUUCUUGGUCCUUCAUUCUGUACAUGUAAUUCUUUUCAUUCUGGUCCCCUGAUUUCUUUUUUAUUUUCCUCUUCGCAAUGCCAACUCAUAUGUCUUGUCAUUUGGUAAUAGAAAUUAGAAACAGGG